AUGACACGGAAAUACGAACUCUGCGCAAGAAAUAUGUCAGUCCCUCCGAAGGAGAAGAUGUCAUUCGAAAGGUCAUCGACAUUCAACUUGGUACCGCUCCGCUCCGCCACCGGACUCUUAUGUGACCGAGAAGCGCAGAUAAGCGCCUUCAAAAAGAGCAUAGAGUACAAUGAACUUCUCUUGUCAAUUAUGAAGCGAGCGGAUCUCCGAGCGGAACGCAUCGAAGAGGCAGUGGCGACAUACUUUAGUUGUGUCAUGCUGUCACAUCGGUGGGAAGGGAAGGAGCCGUUGCUGCACGACGUCAAGGACAAGGACAUCUACGAGUUGCAGGCGGCUGGCGGUCUCGUGAAGUUGAAGUUAUUCUGCGAUAUUGUUCGUAGUAAGACGAAUUGCCAGUGGGCGUGGGUUGAUUUGUGCUGCAUCGACCAGACGAACAAUGUCGAGCUCCAGACAUCACUCGACUCGAUGUUCACCUGGUAUCAUAAUUCAGCGCUCACUAUUUCCCUCAAUCACAAGAAGUCUUCCGAAAUCAUGAAUGAGUUGCAGGAUGCGACGGGCAUAGCUGCUCGGGCUCUCUCAGACUUCAAACCGGAGACGAUCGGAGAUGCCCGGGAGAAACUCCAAUGGGCAUCUAAGCGUGUCACCACUAGGCCGGAAGACAUUGCGUACUCAUUGUUUGGUAUCUUCGGCAUUCGGCUUCCCAUCCAUUAUGGCGAGAAUAAGCAAAAUGCGCUCGGGCGGCUCCUGCAGGAGAUCGUGGCUCGGUCCGGCGACAUUACUGCCCUCGACUGGGUCGGACAACCAUCCACGUUCAACAGCUGUCUUCCUGCAGAUAUUUCCUCAUACACAGCUCCACCAUUCAAUCAACCCUCUUUGUCCGAAGACGAGAUUCAGACAGCAGUCUCUUCGCUGCGAAAUACCGUGGUUGUGGAGUUGGCGUCGGACCUUUAUAACCAGCUUGACAAUAUGAGCGCUCCUCGCUUUGCGAACUGCAGACUGCAUCUACCUUGCAUUGCAUUCCGUCUUACAGAAGUCAGACGGACGUAUGGUCCAGCCCACGAGACUCAUUUCACAUAUGGAGUCAAGGCAGACGGGCUUCGCGACCUGCUGGUCACUACUGAAGAGACACUGACUCAGUUUUCGCGGGCAAGGCCCGCUAGACACGCAUUCUUCCUUGUCCGUCCCUGGGACCGCCGAAUCCUCGAUGAGUAUGACUUCGCAGAACAGGCAGACUCGGAUGCGGAAAGCUUGGGGGAUUGGUCUGAGCCUGGGUCUCCUAUAGAAGAAGAGCUAGAUGAUUCGGAAUCUCACUCGCGAGCCUUGCGAUUGAUGGUUCGCCUUGGGCAGCCGUUCGGCGCAUUUUUGCUAGCGCAGCAGCGAGGCGGAGAGUACAAGAGGAUCGCUUCGGAUCGCGAUAUUAUUGCACAGGUGAAAGACAUCGCCUCUGUCCACAACAUGAUGGCCAGAGUCAGGACCCUAGAAAUAUUGUAG